AUGCCUAAGUGGCUAGAUGAUGAUGCACUUACAGGAAGCGAUAAGCUACACUUCUAUGAGGUUAAUGAUUCGGAUUUGCAACAGAAUGCAUGGCUUCAUCUAUAUGCUCAAGUUGCUGCAUACUCUAGGUGGAUUUAUCACAUGGUGGAUCAUCUCCCAUUGGAGAUAAAGAAAGUGGUGGUACAAACAAAGGAAGACAUAGAGUCAAGUUUGAAGUUGAAGUCGGGCAAUGCAAUCUUCUACUUAAGUUUCAAGACUCGUGAAGGUGCCGAGUACAAAUCCAUAAUAAGGCAAACGAGGGAUGGAAGACCACAACACAUGUGCCUUGAAGUUAAACAUGUUGAGAUAGACAAGUAG